ACUUUUUUUCAUUAAGUCCAAAGAAAGAAAAAGAAACAUCGAGAGGAAGAGAGAGAGAGAGAAAUGGAGAAGAAGGUGAAAGCUUUAAGUCAUCUAUACGUGACGGUGUUCUUGUCGGGUUUUGCGAGCUUUAUAGUGGUUCCGGCCAUAACCGACGUCACCAUGUCCGCACUUUGCCCCGGCACCGAUGAAUGCUCCCUCGCCAUUUACCUCUCUGGUUUCCAGCAAGCUGUGAUAGGAGUUGGGACCGCUCUAAUGAUGCCACUUAUUGGAAAUUUGUCGGAUCAAUACGGAAGAAAAUCACUCCUUACGUUGCCUAUGACUUUGUCCAUAAUCCCUUUCGCUGUAUUGGCAUGCAGUACAGCAACCAAUUAUUUUUAUGCCUAUUACACACUCAGGACACUCACUGCCAUGAUCUCCGAAGGCAGCAUUAACUGCCUUGCGCUUGCUUAUCUGGCAGACAACAUAUCCGAUACCCAACGAGCAUCUGCAUUCGGUAUUCUUGCAGGUAUAAGCUCAGGUGCCUUUGUAUUUGCAACACUCGCAGCUCGUUUCCUGUCCGCCGGUUCUACAUUUCAGGUUGCUACAUUUGUAUCAAUGCUUGCAGUAGUUUACAUGAGAAUAUUCCUCGAGGAAAGUAUACCAGAUCGAAACGACAGUAUGACACAACCGAUCUUGAAAGAAACCGAAGGUGUGAUUCAAAAAGAUGGCAAUGUUGAUACAAGAAAGAUGCCUGUAUUCAAGACCAUUCCGUCCUUGAAAGACAUUAUUCGCUUGAUAAAGAGCAGUCCAUCAUUUUCUCAAGCAGCAAUUGUUGCUUUCUUCCAGAGUCUUGCAGAGGGUGGAAUGAUAUGUUCGAUAAUGUACUAUUUAAAGGCUCGUUUCCACUUUAACAAGAAUCAGUUUGCUGAUUUGAUGUUAAUUGCCGGAAUUAUAUCGACCGUUUCACAGUUGUUUAUCAUGCCCUUAUUGGUUUCUCCUAUAGGAGAUGGAAGGUUGCUUUCAAUAGGACUCUUAGUUAGCUGUCUAAAUUCCAUUUUUAACAGCUUGGCCUGGUCAGCUUGGGUUCCUUAUGCAACUACUGCAUUAUCUAUUGUAAUGGUCUUUACAACACCAUCUUUACGUAGCAUCAUUUCGAAACAAGUCGGCACCACGGAACAGGGGAAAGCUCAAGGAUGCAUAUCAGGUGUGACUUCCUUGGCCAACAUCAUUGCUCCAUUAAUAUUUAGUCCUCUUACAGCAUUGUUCCUAUCUGAAGAGGCACCAUUUCAUUUCCCUGGGUUUAGUAUCUUGUGCAUUGCCAUCACAUUGAUGAUUGCCUUCAUUCAGAGUUUGACAAUAGGGAAGACUCCUUCGAAUUCAAGGGAUGAAAACUGCAGCAAUAGCAUGGAGGUUUAGACAGGAGAAAGUUAUAGAAAAAUGUAUUAUUGCUUUAUAUAAAUAUGUAAAUACACGAGGAAAAAACUCGAAUACGAAAACCCUAAUGUUGAACGUAGAAGCUGUUUGUUAUGUACAAGUAUAGUUACGAAA